AUGUCUCAACCCCGCAACGCCAAAGGCAAAGGCAAAGGCGGACGCGACGUGCUCGUCUCCAAAGCCCUCAGCCACCUCCUCCGACACGCAGCAGAGAAAGAAGGCAUCAAGAUGGAUAACCAGGGAUACGCCAACGUGGCGGACGUGCUCGCAUGGAGAAAAAUCAAAUCGUUGCAAACGACUUUCCCCGAGAUCUUGCACGCGGUCUCUUCGUCGGAUAAGAAGCGUUUUGCGCUGUUACAUAUCCCUUCGGCUGAGGUGGAACGGGAUGCCCCUGCUACGACGACAACGACAGAAGCGGUACACGAACAAGAUGCGAUUACGUUAGAUCAGAACACGGCGGUCCCUACGACAAGUGCGGCGCAAGAAACGGCGACGGCGACGGCGCUUGCCGUGCAAGAUCAGAAUCCUUCCCACUUUUUGAUCCGCGCAACCCAGGGUCACAGCAUCAAGAGUGUCGAAGCCGCGUCUCUUCUGGAGAAGAUCACCCUAGAGGAUAAAUCGAAGCUGCCGAAAACAGUGGUGCACGGAACGUUCCACGCUGCAUGGCCAGCAAUCCUAAAAUCAGGCGGACUGCGAUGUAUGGGACGGAACCAGGUGCAUUUUGCGACAGGGCCAGCGUUGGAUACUGUGCUAUCUGCGCAGACAGAGGGUCAGAAGCAACAAAAUGAACCGCAGGUGAUUUCGGGGAUGCGGCGAGAUGCCCAGAUUCUGAUCUACAUCAAUAUUGAGAAAGCGUUGACUGCCGGGUGUCCGUUCUGGCGCAGCGAGAAUGAUGUCAUCCUUAGUGAAGGGAUGUCAAGUGGUAACGGAGACGACCAGCUCGUUCCGUUGGAGUUCUUUGACGUUGUAGUGGAGCGCAAACGGGGCAUGGGGAAGAUCUGGGAGAAUGGACAGGUACUCCAGGAGCUGCCGGCCGAUUUGACCAAGAGGAACCCCAAGGGGAAUGUAGGGAAGGGGAAGAAAUGA